UGCCUGCAGGAGUCCGCGGGCGAGUUGAAGACCGAAGAAGUUUCCCCAGCGAGACUUGGUAGCGAAGGCGAAGUUACCCACGGCUGAUGCAUACGGAAAACCUCGAACGCGUACCUUCUUCCCGUCUUUCUUGGUCAAGAUGGAGCUUUACUUUUCUCUAACAUCCACUGACGCAGCGGUAUAUAAGGCCUGAGCUCCAAGAAAGUCGUCCGAGGUUGCAGAAAUGAAGGUCGAGAUGUGCGGAUGCUGGAGGAGGUGGAGAGGAAGGAAGGAGGAGGACGAAGGUGGCGCCUGCGGCGGCGAUGCGGAGCGUAAGAAGCCAUCGUCUUCGUGGAACUUGUUCAUCAACCUCAAGGAAUUGGAGGCGGCGACUGGCCACUUUUCCGAAGCUAAUCUUCUCGGCCAGGGCGGCUUCGGUCCUGUCUACAAGGGGGUGUUGGAGAAUGGGCAGGAGAUAGCAGUGAAAAAACUGUCUUUGACCUCUCGGCAGGGGGUGAGUGAGUUCACCAACGAGGUGAAGCUACUGCUCAAAGUUCAACAUCGCAACCUCGUGUCGCUGCUCGGUUGCUGCAUCGACUCGGAUCAGAAGAUGCUUGUCUACCCCUACUUCCCUAACCGAAGCCUUGAUCACUUCCUAUUCGAUAUGCAUCGUCCAGCAUCGCUUGAUUGGCCACGGAGAUUCGAGAUCAUUGUGGGAGUGGGAAAGGGACUCCUCUAUCUCCACGAAGAAUCUCCGGUGAAGAUCAUCCACAGGGACAUAAAGGCAAGUAACAUUUUGCUUGAUGACCAGUUAAACCCAAAGAUAGCCGACUUUGGCAUGGCCAGACUCUUCCAAGGGGAUGACACACAUAUUAACACAUUUAAAAUUGCUGGCACCUAUGGCUAUAUGGCUCCAGAGUAUGCAAUGAAUGGCUAUUUGUCCACCAAGGCUGAUGUUUUUAGUUUCGGAGUAUUGAUGUUGGAGAUUCUGAGUGGCAGAAAAAAUCUUGACAAGAAAUUGGGAGAAGAAAAGCACGACCUACUGGGCUAUACAUGGAAGCUUUUUGAGAAAGGCGACUCAUUGGAGAUUAUGGAUCCCACCAUUUCCUCAGUUCCUUCAUGGAACAGUGAUGAAGCUGCCCUUUGCAUCCAAAUAGCAUUGCUGUGCUGCCAAGCGAUUGUCGCCGAUCGACCGGACAUGUACACUGUCCAUCUCAUGCUAUCCGGUGAUUCUUUUUCACUACCAAGGCCAGGCCGGCCAGGAACUCGUGGGAGGAUCGGGCAUUGGACUUCCACACCUUCAUCCAUGCUCACAAAUACAAAAACAAAUUCUACUUACUCAGGUUCCGAUGCUACCAAAACUGCAUUUUACAGUGCAAAUGAAGAGUACUCUCGCAACUCUAUAUCUGUAUCUUUUACCUCAGAGGGUCGAUGAAAGGAAGAUUAUAAUACAUGUUCCCAGGUAUUGUGCGUUUAUUGAAUAAAUAAUUUUAAAUUUUGAUUAAUGUAAUUUCAAAACAAAGAAAGGAAAAGAAGAUUGAGUCACCA